UACGGUUAUUUGUUUGACAGAGGCUCGAUCGCCGAACAGCGCCUACUACGACCGACACAUGGAGGACCUCCUGCACCACAAGCUGGAGAAGUUCAGAUCUGUGAUGCUCACAGGCUACCCGAGCCUCGGAAUCUCCGUCAUGGACCCGCUCAACGUGCCUCCCACCGACAUGUCUUCCAUCUUCGGUGGGGACGCGUUUCGCUUUCAGCUGCUCCACAUUCAGAUCCGGAACCUCUCCACAUUUGAGAUCACCGAUCUACGAGCUGACACUGAGAACCUGAAGGUUCACCUGGCGUUCCAAGUCCCAAAGGUUCCAGUAAGGAUGCAGUACUCCGUCGCUGGAUCUCUCUACGAGGCGUUUCCCCUUCAAGGAAGUGGCCGUUGCGACGUGGUCUACUAUGGCGUCAUGAUAACCACCGUAGCACGGCUCAGGGAAGCCAACGGAAAGUUCCAGUUCACAAAGUUUGAAGACUCCAGCGUAGACUUCGCAUCCGAUGAAGUGUCGGUUCGACAGGGGCCUCCAGUUGGAACCAGUGGUGGCCUGGGCUCCCAAGUCGGCAGGAUUCUUUUCUGGACGUUGUCCAAGCAGGUCGCAAGAACCUUACCGUCCAGCUUGCUGCGGUUCCUGAACGACGCCCUAGAACGUGCACCAAGACCUGGCGCUCGAAAAGUCUCCGUGUGAAACAUUCUGCGUACAUCCGUGAAUUGUGUUCUACAUAGUGGCAGGACCUCCCAUCGCCGAGCGUUGAAGUGUGAACCUUCAGUCCAUCAAAGUGUCUCGGAAGACUUUAUGUUGAGUUCUAAAUCUAUACUGCCGUGUUGAAUUGACUAAAGCAGUUUACAGGAUUCCAGCAGCUGACAUUUUUUGCUAUUUUUAUCAAAGUUCAUCCGUCACCCGUGUUCAUGGUCCACAUAUUCAUGCCAAUGAAAAAUUAUCGUGAAUUACCUUUUUUUGUAAUAAAUUGUGCUGGCAUUCGAAGCUCGUUAUGAUUAGCUGUUUGGUGACGAUUGAUGAUCCAAACACGCCCAUAUCGAGGGUUUGUUGCAAUCAGCUAAAAGCGCCAAAAAAUGCGAGGUGCAAAAGCGGUUUACUGCAUAUGUCCCUCUUCUGACACGCCAUCAUACUCGCGACAUCUCCUCAUCCGCAACUUUACACUUACCAUUAAGCCGAGAAAAAAAUUCUGCUAAAAUUUAGCGACAUCUCAUUGUUAUCGUAUGCAAUGGCAGGCUUAUAAGUUAUAGAGGUUUAUAUAUUUAUACAGGUACAACGACGUCAUGACCCAACGCCCGUGCUGAAAUCUAUGUGAAGCGAUAAUUUCUUGAUGAUGGUAUUUGAAUGCUAUAAAGCUUUUAGCCUUCCUCACCACGCUAUAUACCACGUGGAGACUACUCGGCGCAUCAAUUCGCGACCAGAGACUGUAUACCGCUGGGCAAACUCUAGGAUCGGCUUACUUCUUCCCGAUGUGAGGUCUGCGUUCCAGCAACAAAGCUCGUAUGCGCCCUGGGCGAUGUUGCACACAUUUAUCAAAGUGACUUUCCUAAACAUCGUACCUCGUACAAAAUUGUGAUUUUGUACGAGGUACGUAUGCUGGUACCUCGUACGCUGGUCACACCUCGAGUCUUCUCUUAAGUACAUCCACAGUGGGUGGAGUUCACCUAUUACGCUAUAGUUUCAGGAGUGCGUGCAGCCCAGCAGCUCUAGCCGUUAGUCCAUGAUUGCAGGAAUGAUUCUCUCGUGGCAAUGUCGCUCUUCGUAGGCGCGUGUGUCACGUGCUUUGAGAUGAUAAGUUAGAAUGCAUUGCCUCCAAGAUCGGCUCAUGUUUUUCCUGUGAGAACCUGCUUCGGCUGGUGAAAAGGUAUAUUCAGAAAAUAGCUCUCCUUCCGUGUUAUUUAAAUAUCACAGUCGCCUUACGCUGGAUGUGUCGAUUGGAGGUAGUUGGCAAGUAGGCGUUUGUGUUGCAAUGGACGUGCAAAACUACCAUUUUUAUUACAAUAAAUCGCAUAUUUACGAUCUAUUACCGUUAGUAAGAGCAACACAGGUGGUGCUUUCUGCUUUUAUAGUGAAUAAAUAUACCUUUUUUUUUCUUUUGUGUAGCUGCUUGAGAGUUCCAUUUGUUGCCGAACCAUAAGGUCGAACUUUCUAUUCCAGCCUAUCUGAAAACUCCGCUAUGCAACGCUCCAUUGUUUCAACGCCGAGGCGAAAAUUUAAGUUCCUAAUCUACCCCGCCUUUCAGGGCUGUAACAAAGCCACUUCAUCAACGCAGUGUCUUGCAUAUUCAAACGGCAGGUUUCAAGAAGAAACGCGACGACACCCAUUGAAAAAAGAAAAGCGACGCUACGCACACUCGCGGCAUUGUGCUAUCCAGCAUUGUCAUUUCUUAUUUCCUUUUCUAAUUAAGCACAAAUCAUCAUAAAGUGAAACGCGGACUUGUGGUAUACACUUGCUUAACUUGUUUCAGGUUGUGCAAAAAGCAAUUCUUAAAGAAAGCGUGUUUAUUUAUUUGUUCCACUUUCUGCCAAUACAAGGUCUUUUCGACACAAUACAACUUCAGUCUAGCGUAGAAUGUGGAACACAGCGUUGCUCGCAGAUGGCGCCUAUCCUGCGACCUAGGUACGACGACUACCAUCUGAAAGAAGCAUUUGAAAAGAAGGAGAAACGUCGUGUUAACAGAUUUUGAAUAAAUAAACAUUCAAAUGGAGAGCGCACUUAU